UGGCUCUGGUGGAUACAGGCCGUUGAGUCAAGCUUCCACCAGGUCGAGCCAGAGUUCUUGAGGCUACAGAAGACGUGAGCAACAAGACGACAAAGCACAAUGACUGCCAGUAGAUCAGGGUCAUCCAUACCAACAUAAAGCGCUCCACGCAGUGGGCGGACUGAAAAUGGCAAAGGGGCUCUUCUUAAAAUCUGCCUGCAGGGUAUCAUGAAUUACACCGUGCGAGGUUGGCGAGGCUGGAGACGAUAUACUGCAGGGAGAAGGACAAAUGUGGCCGACCGCAUAGCCUGGUGCGGACACGAGGCUGAACGAAAAUAUUGCAGACCCAGGAAGUCUUGCUGCUUUAAUGCUUAUCACGUGGAUUUAAUGAUUUAUCGAACGCCAGGGUCAUUUUUGUUCAGAUAUUCUUACUAUAAAGCAAAAAUCAGAGUCCUGAAUAGCAGAAUGAAGCGUUUACACCAGGAUGACACAUGGGUCAAGGUGCUGCAUGUACGCUGAUGAUCAAGUCUUCACGAGGCUGGGUUGACCAGGGCAGCCUCAAGCUGUUAACUCAUUUCCCCAUGUCGGUAAGAAAACCAUCCAGGUCUCGCCGCGUCUACUCGCACAGAGUUUAUAUAUACCUACGUAGCAUUCUGCGUCACAUAACGUACAUUAGGCUUCAUCUCACAAGAACAAACAUUCAUUCUUACAUGGCUAUAUGGAGCGCUGGAGGCAUCCUCGUGCGGCGUUCCGCUUCGGUCGGAGUUGCGCCGACAAAAGCGACACGUGACAUUCGCCCCUUUUUCAUUCUCCUCACCGACAACUCCGCAAAUUGCAGAGCAUCGGCGAAAGGGCCGAGAUGGAUUCGUCGCGGUUGGCAAAGAUGGAGGCCACUUUGGUAGUCUGUCUUCCGGGGUUUGAUAUCUGUCUAGGCUGAUUGGCCAGAAGACAACAAUCUGGAGUCUCCAGCCGGCUGGGACCCCGGCGAAAAGACGACCAACAUCGACAUUGACCCCAAAAGUCGCUACAACUCUGAUGUGAUCUCCAAACGACAGGAGUGGCCACCGAUUUGAAUUUACAAUAUGUACCUAUAGUAACAGAUUUAUUCUUCUCGCUCAAGUUUUUUUCCUUGCCCCAUAUUGCACGAAGGAGACGUCUGAAUAGAACCACUGCUUUUUUGUUUUCAGUUUCCUUCCGAAUUCCAUUGUCCUACAUCCAGUAGCAGGAACCGACCAUCAAUCAUGGCGUCGCCGCGCAAGAUCUCGGUGACCGAGAUCUCUCAACAUAACAAAGACACGGACUGCUGGAUCGUCGUCGACGGCAACGUCUGGGACAUCACAAAAUUCGCCCCCGAACACCCCGGCGGCCCCGGUAUCAUCUACAAGUACGCCGGACGGGACGCGACCAAGAUCUACAACGAGAUCCAUUCGCCCUCGUUAAUCAAAACAAAUUUGCCGGCUGAAGCACUCAAGGGCGUCCUCGACACAUCAACAAUAACCGAAGAAUGGUCACGUCCCUUACCCGACGAAACACCAUCAUCCAAACCAGCCUCAUCAACCGAGAAACCACCCCUGGAAUCCUUGCUCAACGCACACGAUUUUGAACUAGCAGCCGAACACAGCGCGACCGCCAAAACAUGGGCAUUCUACAGCUCCGCCAGCAACGACCUGAUCACAAAGGACCUCAACGCCGCACUCUGGCGGCAAGUUUUGUUUCGGCCCCGCGUGAUGCGCAAAGUCGACCAGAUCACAACCGACACCACCAUUCUCGGCAUCCCGUGCUCUUUUCCCCUGAUGAUUUCACCAGCCGCAAUGGCGCGCCUGAUCCACCCGGACGGCGAGCUCGCAAUCGGACGCGCGGCAAAAGCAAAGUCCAUAGUGCAAUGCAUAUCAAACAAUGCAUCGUACUCAGCAUCGGAAAUCGUAUCUCAACCGCAAGUCAACACCUAUCCAUUCUUUUUCCAACUCUACGUCAACCGUGAACGGCACAAGUCCGAAGCAUUACUUCGGCACAUCCACUCGCAUUCCAACAUCAAAGCUAUCUUCGUCACCACCGAUGCAGCCGCAGCAGGGAAACGCGAAGCCGACGAACGCGUCAAAGCCGACGAAACGAUCCAGAACCCCAUGAUGACCACUAAGGCCAAAAACGACAAGAAGGGCGGCGGGUACGGACGGCUCAUGGGUUCUUUUAUUGAUCCGAACUUACACUGGGGUGAUAUCGCGUGGUUGCGCAAAAACACGCAUUUACCUCUAGUUCUUAAGGGCAUCAUGUCGGCGGACGAUGUGAGAUUGGCCCUCGACCAUGGUCUUGACGGUGUCGUGCUUUCGAAUCACGGAGGUCGCAACCUCGAUACCUCCCCGCCUGCACUGUUGGUGUUGUUGGAGAUCCAUGCCCGGUAUCCCGAGAUCAUUACGCAACAUCAUCCGAGAUCUCAUGCUGUCAGGUCGGGACGAUCCAGGCCGUUUUCGAUUUUUGUCGAUGGAGGUAUUCGUCGCGGCACCGAUAUACUCAAAGCCGUUUGUUUGGGCGCCGUGGCAGUGGGGGUGGGGAGACCUGUGCUUUUUGCUACGGGGUAUGGUCAGGACGGGGUGGAGCAACUUGUGGAUAUCUUGAAGGAUGAGUUCGAGGUCGCCAUGCGCAACAACGGUAUUACGAGUCUGGAUGAGUGUUCGCCUGAGUAUGUCAAUACGGGCGCUAUUGAUAAGUGGGUUGUCAAGAGGAGGGAUCAUCCUUAUGCUGUACAUUGGACUAGGGAUACGCUGGUUACGGACAGUUUGUUUGGGACGGGGAGGGAAAGUAAGUUGUGAUUAUCGAGUCAAAAAGAGUGGACAGCAACGCAGUGGAUUGCAUUCUUGGUUCUAGACGCAACGUAAUCCGGAGAGUAUGGUUUACGUCGGUGGGGAAGGCAAUGUGAGAGCGAGGAUUUAUUACAGAAAUAUACACUGGUGGCGUUCCAGUGGUUACUUUACAGAUCGGUUUCUACAUUUAUAGGAGCAUGGUGUGAGAUAGGCAUCAAGAUAUACAUAUUUUGACGUUUCAAGAAUGUGUUUGCGAUCAAGCAAGCCCUGUCAGUCCAGGACGACUGCAUGAUUGAGUAUCGUUCAAGCGUAUCUUACAAACGCAUCGAAGUCUGUUCUUCAAUGUGGUUGUUUCCAAGUCUUCCACUACUACUCU